AUGGAGCAUAAUCCAUCUCAGCUAGUUUCUAAGCCAUUCAUUGGUAACUUAUAUGGGAACAUAAACCGUGUUUAUCACUUGAUCUUCUUUAUUAUUGGUAUUUCACUAGGAAUAGUUGCAACUUUAUGCUAUAAUAGCCUAUCUUUAAAUUUACAAGCUUUUCUAUAUCCUGUGAUGACUCCACUCACAACAUUGCUUCCACCACCACCCCCAUUAACAUUUUCAUCUUCAUCACUGAUCACAAAGUCCAACUCUAACAGUACUGAAUUAAGGACAUCUCUCAUGCACAACAUGACAGACCAAGAGUUGUUCCUCAAAGCAUCUAUGGAAUCAGGAAUUCAAGAUUUCCCUAACAAAGCCAUUCCAAAAGUGGCUUUCAUGUUUUUGGCAAAAGGUGCACUGCCCCUGGCACCCUUGUGGGAGAACUUCUUCAAAGGCCAUGAAGGUUUUUAUUCCAUUUACUUGCACCAACAUCCUUCUUUCAAUGAAACUCUGCCUAAAGAUUCUGUAUUCUAUGGAAGAAAAGUUCCUAGCCAGCCAGUGUUUUGGGGUACAUCAUCAAUGAUAGAUGCUGAAAAACGUCUUCUAUCAAAUGCACUCAUGGACUUAUCCAAUCAACGUUUUGUGCUGCUCUCAGAAGCCUGCAUCCCCUUAUUUGGUUUCAAAACCAUAUAUGGCUAUAUCAUGAACUCAAGCCUUAGCUUCUUAGGCUCAUUUGAUGACCCAACAAAAGCUGGCAGAGGAAGAUACAAUCCAAAAAUGAGGCCUGUAAUUAACAUAACCGAUUGGAGAAAAGGGUCUCAAUGGUUUGAAGUGGAUCGUGAGCUAGCCAUUCACAUUGUAUCUGACACCAAAUACUACUCUAUAUUUAGACAUUACUGUCUUCCACCAUGCUAUGGGGAUGAGCAUUAUUUCGCAACUUUUGUGCAUAUGAUGUACCCUGAAUUGAACUCUAAUCGCAGCCUCACUUGGGUGGAUUGGUCAAGGGGUGGUCCUCAUCCUCGAAGAUAUGGGCGAGGUGAUAUUACAUAUGAGUUUUUGAACCAAAUUCGUAAUGGAUCAACAUGUGUUUAUAAUGGGAACACUACGAACAUAUGUUUCCUUUUUGCAAGGAAGUUUCAUCCAAGCACAUUGAAGCCUUUAUUGCGAGUGUCUCCCUUGUUGCAUGGUAUUGGUCCUUAG